AUGUCCGAUCAGACAGGCGCACUCUGUGCGCUAUCCUCGGCGUCCUCUGGGCACUGCGAUAUCCCGCAUGAUCCCUUAGUUCCAUCAAGUUCAAUGUCGAGGACAGCCGCACAAACGUUUCGACGAAGGUCUACGUUGUGUAGGUACCAUGCCAAGCAUCCGUCCAUGACGAAUACGACCAGCGGGCCCAGGAGGUUGAGUGAAGGGACGUUGGCCUUCGGUACCGACUUUGACUCCUCCACCACCCACCGCAACUCGCCAUGCCCGUUUCCGAAAAAGAAAGAAAACAACAUCAAGGGCGGGCUCGAGGACUACGAGCGCGAGGACGAGGGCCGCUACCCCUUCCUUCUCAAUUCCAGGGAGUGCACGCUUCUCGGCAUCGCCGGCGUCGGCUUCUUCCUCGACGCCUCUGACCUCUUUAUCAUCAAUGUUCAUCUCUCGAGCGACCGUGAAGUGUCAUGCGAUCUCUCAGCAACCGGGAGUAUUAUCUGGCACUCUAUCUGGCACAUCAUCCUCGGGAUAGGAAUUGGGGGUGACUGCCCCAUGUCCGCGUCCGUCGCGACAGACCGUUCAAGCCUCCGCCGGCGCGACACGCUCCUCUCGUACAUCUUCGCGAGCCAGGGCUGGGGUUCGCUCAUCAGGAGCUUGAUGGUGAUCAUCGUGGUCGCGUUCUUCCAUCACAUCAUGGAGGUCAAGGGCGAGACGUCCAAGGUCGACAGCGUGUGGCGGUCGCUCGUCCCCGCGUUCGGCACGUUGUAUCAGCGGCUCACUCCCAGACUCGCGGCGAAGACCGACGCGGACCUGGGCGCGCAAGAGUCCGUGCGGCCCGCGCCCGCCUCCUCCGAGACACCCUCGCCCACCUCGCUCUCGCCCGCACCCAGCGCAAACGCAGCCGCAGCCGUGCACGCGCAGCCCGCCACGAAGCGGGACCACUGGGCGGAGUUCUUCCACCACUUCUCCGAGUGGCGACACCUGAAGGUGCUGCUCGGGACGUGCGCGUACUGGUUCCUGUUCGACAUCGCGUUCCACGGGAUCAACCUGACUGAGCUAGAAGUCCUACGUACUGCCACCCCAUCAUCUCCGCACGUCCAACUCACUCACCGACUCGAUGGCACGGCGAAUGUGCUCUGGAUCCUCGCGUGCUGCAUCGUCGGCGCGGGCUUCACGCUCCUGCUACCGGAGGUGAAGGGAUACGAUUCGGAUCUGGUGUAUGCGGAGGAGGUGACGGAGGAAGAGUGA